UGGAACCUUGUUAUUACAUAAAAAAAUACAGGACGACUUCAUUUUCUUCUUCAAUGGCAAUGUCAGAAAUCUCGCGAUGUACUUAUCAUGUAUUCUUGAGUUUUAGAGGUGCAGAUACGCGCAAAAGUUUCACGGAUCAUCUUUACACAGCUCUGGUGCGCUUAGGAAUUCAAACAUUUAGAGAUGAUGAGGAAAUCGAGAGAGGGAAUAACAUAAAAGAUGAAAUUGAAAAAGCAAUACUACACCACUCCAAAAUUUCUAUCGUUGUUUUCUCAAAGAAUUAUGCUGCAUCCACAUGGUGUCUUAACGAACUUGUAAUGAUAUUGGAGCACAAGAAAUCCUCUAAACACAUUGUGUUGCCAGUUUUCUAUGAUGUGGAUCCGAGUCAAGUCAAGAACCAGACGGGAAGUUAUGCAGAAGCAUUUACCCAACAUGAACAAAACUUGGAGUCCAUGGUACAAAGAUGGAGGAAUGCUUUAAAAGAAGUUGCGGAUAUAGGAGGCAUGGUUCUACAAGACAGGCAUGAAUCGCAAUUCAUUCAAGAUAUUGUUAAAGAAGUUCAAAAUAAACUUCAUCUUAUUACUUUGUAUGUCCCUCUUUAUUUAGUUGGAAUAGAUUUUAUUGUGACACAAAUUAAUCAGUGGUUAGAACAAGAUGGAGCAAAUAAAGUUGGCAUUGCAACUAUUUGUGGCAUUGGAGGCAUUGGGAAGACAACCAUUGCCAAAGCUGUUUACAAUCAAAACAUCUCAAGGUUUGAAAGUUUUAGUUUCCUUGCUGAUGUUAGAGAAACAAGUCAAGAUUGCAAUGGCUUAGUUCGUUUGCAAAGACAACUUAUUUCAGAUAUUCUUAAAGAAAAAUCACAUAAAAUAUACAAUAUAGAUAAUGGAAUUAACAAGAUCAAAGAAAUUGUAUGCUGUAGAAGAGUUCUUCUUGUUUUUGAUGAUGUUGAUGAAUUGGAAAAAAUAAGAAAACUAAUGGGAACUCAAAUUCCUUUUCAUCCGGGAAGUAAAAUCAUCAUAACUAGUAGAAACCGAUGCCUAUUGAAUGCACAUUUUAUAAGCCAAAUGUUUGAUUCAGAAGCAUUAGCUAAUUGUGGAGGCUUAAGCAAGCUAUUUGAAGUAAAAGAAUUAGCUUCAAGUGAAUCGCUACAACUUUUUAAUUGGUAUGCUUUUGGCCAUAACUCUGUGCCUGAAAGUUCAAUGGCAUAUGCAAGAAGUUUAGUGAAACAUUGUGGUGGGCUUCCGUUAGCUCUUCAAGUUUUGGGCUCUUCAUUAUCUAGCAAAAGUGUGAGUUCUUGGAAAAGUGCAUUGGAGAAAUUGGAAGAAAUCCCUGACAAUAAAAUUCAAAAGAUUCUAAGAAUAAGCUAUGAUUCUUUGGAAGACGACCAUGACAAAAAUUUAUUCCUUGACAUAGUUUGUUUAUUCAUUGGGAAGGAUAGAGAUUACACGACUACAAUUCUAGAUGGUUGUGAUUUUUAUACAACAAUUGGAAUUGAAAAUCUAGUAGGCAGGUCUCUCUUAACCAUCAAUGAAAACAAGAAGUUAAUGAUGCACCAAAUGAUUAGAGAUAUGGGGCGAGAAAUUAUUCGUCAAGAAUCUUCUGAUAUUGGAAAACGAAGCAGAUUGUGGCAUAAAGACGCAUUUGAUGUAAUAAGGGAAAAGAUUGGUUCCAAAACAAUUAAGUGUCUCACACUUGACUUAAAAUUUCUCAUGUCAAAUGAUGUUGAUAUGGAAACUCAAGCAUUUGCGAAGAUGAAGAGACUUAAACUGCUUCAACUGGAUAAUGUAAGAUUUAAAGGAGACUUCAAAGACUUUCCCAAAAGAUUAAGAUGGUUACGUUGGCAUGGGUUUUGUAUGCAAUAUUUUCCGGUGGAUUUUGAUAUCAAUGAACUAGUUGUUCUCGACAUGCGCAACAGUAAACUUAAACAAGUUUGGAAGGAUACAGAGUGUCUCCCAAAUUUAAAGAUCCUUAAUCUCAACCAUUCACAUAGCCUUCUUAAAACCCCAAGCUUUUCAGGACUCCCUAGCCUUGAGAAGUUGAUGCUCAAAGAUUGCAUAAAUUUGGUGGAAGUUGAUCAAUCCAUUGGUGAGCUAAAGAUGCUUACUUUCUUGAACCUUAAAGAUUGCACUAGUCUUAGGCAUCUUCCAAGGACAAUUGGUUCAUUAAUAUCACUUGAAGAGCUUAUCUUAUCUGGAUGUUCAAGACUUGAUGAUGUUCCUAGGGAGUUGCAUAAGAUGGAAUCAUUGAAGGUGCUUAAUUUAGAUGAAACUUCCAUAUAUCAAUCAAGAUUGGGUUGCAAAUUAUCUGAUGAUGUCAUGCCCAAUGAUCUUUGUAACUUGGCUUCCUUGAAAUCCUUAAAUUUAAGUAGAAACCCAAUUCAUUACCUACCCGGAAGCUUAAAAAACCUUACAAAACUUGAUGAACUUCUAUUGACUUCUUGCACUGAACUCCAAAUGAUUCCAAAGCUUCCGGUCUUGUUCAAUGUUUUUGAGUGCAACUUUAUUUUUGGAGGCAAUUCUCCAUUUCAAGGAUAUACGGUAAUUCUUCCAUGCUUCUUUUCUUCCACACGAUGUGUUAUUUUUGGAUGUGAAAAAUUGACUGAGGUUGAAGAUAUAUUCAAGUUGGAACCAAUUGAAAACUUUGAAGCAGAAGAGAUUAGAAGAUUAUUCAACGUGGAUUCCAUUAACAGAAAUCGACUGCAACUUUUUAGCUACCUAACAGACAGCAUAAGGCUAGCUACCCCACAGGUCUUGCAGGAAUGUGGUAUAACAAGCACAUUCGUUGUAGGAAGUGAAGUUCCGAUUGGGUUUAAGCAUCGCACUAACGAGCAUCGAAUCUCUUUUUUUUUGCCAACACCAUCUCAUCCUGAUGAAAAGAUCCAUCAGUUCAGCUUAUGCAUUGUUUUCUCUUUAGCUAGUGAUCAAAUGUUGGAGCUUCUACCAACUGUCCACAUUUUCAAUGAGACAAAAAAGAUCAUGCUGAGAUAUCGCUCAACUUUCGUUGGAAUUCCUCAUACUAACGAUAACACAAUGUUGUGGUUGAUUCAUUGGCCAGUAACGGACUGUCAGUUUGAAGGUGGUGACCUUGUGAGUUGCAUGGUAGUGCCUAUUCAUCUCAGCAUAAGAAAAUUUGGCGUUACUUAUGAAUCAGAACACAACAUUAGAUAUGAAUAUGGCUUUUCGCACUUAUCUACAGGUAUGAGUAGACUUCAAAUAAUUAUAUUUUAGUAAAUACAUCAUAUUUUAUUUGUUUUAUUGUUUCAUUUUAUAUGUGAAUAACAAAUGUUCAAGAAAUGAUGAAUGUUUCUCUAAAAGACUUUCUAAUACAAU